AUGCCCUUCAUCAAAACCCAAAAGACCAAAGCUUACUUUAAGCGAUACCAAGUCAAAUACCGUCGUCGUAGAGAGGGUAAAACCGACUACUAUGCACGAAAGCGAUUGGUAACUCAAGCCAAAAACAAGUACAACACUCCCAAAUACCGUUUGGUUGUACGAUUCACAAACAAGGAUAUCAUCGUUCAAGUCAUCUACUCGAAACUCAAUGGUGAUUACGUAUUGACUGCUGCAUAUGCUCAUGAAUUGCCCAACUAUGGUAUCAAAGUUGGUUUGACCAACUGGUCUGCUGCCUACGCAGUCGGCCUCCUCGCCGCCCGUCGAGUCCUCAAAAAGCUCGGCCUCGACUCUCAAUACGCCGGCAACCAAGAAAUCGACGGUGCCAAAUUCGACGUCGAACCAGUCGAAGACGGCCCACGACCCUUCAAAGCAUACCUCGACGUCGGAUUACGUCGCACCACAACUGGUGCCCGUGUAUUCGGUGUCCUCAAAGGUGCAGCAGACGGAGGAAUCGCAAUCCCACACGGUGAAAACCGAUUCCCAGGAUAUGAUGCUGAUGCCAAGAAAUUGGAGCCCAGUGUGUUGCGUAAAUAUAUAUUUGGUGGCCAUGUCGGCGAGUAUAUGGAAAUGCUGCAAGAGGAUGAUGAAGAAGAGUACAAGAAGCAUUUUGCCAGUUAUUUGGAAGAGGAGAUUGGACCUGAUGAUUUGGAAGAGAUUUAUGCUGAGGCUCACAAGAAGAUUCGUGCAGACCCUGCUGCCACACCAAAACCCAAAUGGCAAUUGACCCCAGAAGCCAAGAGCAAACUAAAGGCAUACAAGGCUCAAAGAUUGACUUUGGAACAACGACAAGAACGUGUUGCUGAGAAGAAAAAGGAAUACUUGGCUCGUGAGUAA